CCCAGGGUCGAGGGGCAUCUGGAGACGGUCGGCUUUGUGAGCCGCGCAAGCGGCUGUUCUUCGGCGGCGGCUUCGCUGUCCCCUUCGACGGAGUCGGGGCUUGGCCGCGGUGUAAGGUUACAAGAGUGGAGCAGGCAGAGCGCACGGUGAAGAAAGUUGUGCGCCCUGUGUCCACUGUUCGGUUGCUUCCGCUGGUCGGGAUCGCGGAGACGGCCGGGCCAUAAAUCGACAGUGCGCCUGCUGUCUUCGGUGGCGCCGAGAGAAAAAAACGCCUGUAAAUAACCGCUGGGCACAGCACUUCUUUUCACCAGCGCCUUCCCGCCGCCGGCUCGUUAGCAGUUCGGUGGGAAGGGGGACAGUCGGUUGGAAGCCGGACGAGUGGAACGAGGCGGUGGUCGUCCCGCUGCUCAAGGCUGGCAAGGCAGCCAGCAAUCCUGCCUCGUACCGGCCCGUUUCGCUCACCUCCGCUGCUGGCAAGGUGCUCGAGGCCAUGGCGCUGCGGCGGCUCGAGUGGAUCACGGCGGCGCUCGACACCUUUGCGGCGGAGCAGAGCGGCUUCCGGCGACUCCGGGCCACAGCAGACUGCCUUGCCGACGUGAUCGCCACGCUGGAGACAGCGAAGCGUCGAGGCGAGGCAGGCUACCUCGUUCUCCUCGACGUCGAGAGCGCCUUCGACCGCCUGCCGCACGCCACCAUCAUGGACGCUCUCGAUGCGCUCGGGGUGUGCGGACGAAUGCGGGGCUACAUUGCAGCAUUCCUUGGCGGCCGGACGAUGCGGGUGCGCGUUGGGGGAGCGCUCAGUCGGCCGCGUGCGGUUGUGACAGGAGUGCCACAGGGCAGUGUGCUUAGCCCAUUCCUGUUCAACCUCGCGCUGGCACGCAUCCCCGACUACAUUCCCCAGUUCCCGGCGCACGAGGUUCGCGUCGCAGUGUACGCGGACGACAUCGCGUUGUUCGCAAUCGGCCCCACCAGCGUCGGCUAUGCGGUGCGUGCUUGUGUGCAGCGCGCGCUGGACGGGGUCGACGCCUACAUCAGCGGCAUCGGCCUCACCCUCUCGGCAGCCAAGACGAAGGCGCUCAUCGUGCACCCAAAGUACGAUGGGCAGUACAGCACACCGCGCUUCACCCUCCAUGGAGUGCUACUUCCGUGGGAGAAGCGGGUUCGCUACCUUGGCCUGGUCAUCGACCGACGGUUGAACUGGUGUGCUGCAGUAGCUGCCCUGCGGAAAGGUGCUGCGCAGGUGGCGGGCGCCACGCGGUCCCUGCUCGCUCGUGGCCAGGGCUGCUCGCCGUCUCUUGCGCUACGCCUCUACAACUCCGUGGCCUCAGCGCGGAUCUUGUACGCUCUGCCGCUGGCGGACCUGCAGCCAACGCAAUGGAAGGUGAUAGACGCGGAUCACCGAGCCGUCAUCCGCCAGUUCCUGUGCCUCCCGCGGUCUUCACAGAGCGGCGCCACUCUCGCCGAGGCGGGGGAGACACCCAUCUCUCUCCGUGCCGAGGGGCGCGCCCUCAACCACGUGGAGCGCUUACAUCGCUCGCGGCACGGCCAGCAGCUGAUCGGUCGGCUGCACUCUCUCCCGAGCUCCGGCAUGGGUCGCCGCGUCGCCCAGUUCGCCAACCUGGUACGGGGUGGCGCCACGUGUCCGUGGCUUGCUCCGCCCCCGCAUCGAGAGCGUCGUCUGCUCGUCCGCACGACCGUCCCUGGCGUCCGGGGCAAGCGCAACACACCACUCUGCGCCUUGCAACAAGAGACGGCUGCAGCCAUCAGCGAGCAGCUGGCCGGCCGGGUGCUCGUCUUCACCGACGGCUCCGUCUUGCGGGACGGUGCUGCUGCUGCCGCGUGCGUAGCUCCUGAGAUCCCCGCGCACAGUCAUUGCCGCGUUUUGAACGCGGUCUCAUCUACGCACGCGGAGCUGGCGGCCAUCGACUUGGCGGCCGAGCUCAUAUACCAGCGGCGCAUCCCUGCGGCGGCCAUCCUCACGGACUCCCGCGCGGCACUACACAUGCUGGCCAGAGCCGACCGGGGACCCCCGCUGAUUCAGCGCCUCCUACACAAGAUGCGUGGCGUUUGCGAGCAGGGAUGCGACCUCGUUCUGCAGUGGGUGCCUGCCCACAUCGGCAUACACGGGAACGAGGAAGCGGACCGGCUCGCGAAGGCCGCACACACUGCGCCAGUGCCCCGGUCGCUCGUGGUGACUCCCUUUGACGUCGCCCGUCACACCGUGGCCGGCAUGCUACGAGCGAGACACCCGGACGCCCGCGUCGCCAGUGGCAAGCCGCCAAAGUUGCUGCCACGUACGGGCUUUCACCGACGAGACCGGGCGCUGCUGCUUCGCCUCCGCAUCGGCUGCUACCGCACCGCGGCAAGGACACACCGCAUCCAAGGUACGGGGAGCCCUCUUUGCCUCAAGUGUGCCGAUGUGGAGGACUUGGAGCACGUGCUGUUACGGUGCCCCGCAUACUCGGUGCAGCGCGACGCGCUCACGAGCGCUUAUCGACGCCUUGGACUGCCGUGCGACAGCACCCAGGCGCUUCUGUUUCCAACGGCGCAUUCAUCAGUGACCGGACGCGCCUUCGCGGCUCUGCUGGACUUCUUGGACGGCGCCGAACUGUACGAGCGGCUGUAGCCGCCGCGCCUUCCUGACGUACCUUACCGCUGGGCUAUCACCUCUUUACUCUGUUCUCUUCACUACCCUUUUUGCCCCUUUCCCCUCACCCGUACAGCGCCGUGGAGGUGCCCUCGCACGAGAGGCAGUAACAGCGCUGUACUUAUCUCUUCCUUUUUCCCCUUUUAAAACCACUCACACACACGGCGUGCGGGGCCGAAUUCCUGACGGCGAGGCGCGCGUUUCAUCGCACCGGGCCCGCCGCCUUCGAGCCAUCGCCGCAACGACUGCCACACGAGCCGUCCCCGUUCUUCGCUGCGCUACGAUAUGGUCUGUCCACCGGCUUGUCCUCUUCGUCUUUUCUGUUAACUAUAAGCGACUCGUUUGCCUCUAAACUCAUUUGUUUACUGUUGUUGUAACCCUGCCUGAUUAUUGUGUGUUCUUGUCGUGUUCCCAAUUGUCUGUACUUCUCGCCAAUUCUGUUCGUUCUUACUUGGAGUUCUUUGUUACCUUAUUGUCCGUGAUCAGUUUUGUGUAUGAUUAAAUGCUUGAUAUCCCCCUUCAA